AUGCUUAAUCUCGGUAAGCUCAGCCGCUAUGACGCGAAACUUAUGAUUGAGAUUGCACGAGAUUCGCGCUCCGUUGCACUUUCUACUGCCCGGGACAGUGCUUCGAUGAGAAUACUCGCCAUUGUCACAAUUCUGUUCCUACCAGCUACAUUCACCGCUACCUUUUUUUCUAUGACAUUCUUCAAUUUCCUCGACGCAGACAGCCCGAAAGCUUCACCGUGGAUCUGGAUAUACGUGGCCGCUACUGGCCUCUUGACUGUCAUUAUCCAAGGAAUCUGGGCAUUUAUGUCACAUAGAAGCCAGGCCAAGCCCAUAUCUGACUCGCAAAGUGAUUUCAAAGUGAUGCAGAACGAGAAUCUGAGUUUGUCUGCAUCAAGCGGUCUGUAA